AUGAAUGAAAGCUCGACCAAUGGGCCCGUCGCGUCCGUGUUGGUCUUUCUGCAUGAGAUUGCCUCUCUACCACCUGAAACCAAGGUGAGACUUUUGGGCUGUGUGGUGGACUAUGAUAUGGUCAAAGGACAGCUCAUUCUCGAGCACGCCUAUCCAAAGCACAUCCUACCUACUCCACGAGUUUCGGUCGAUGUAAACCUCAGUCUCGAAACCGUUGAUUCUUCCGUCCUCAGAACCGGUGCUUGGGUCAACAUUAUUGGCUAUACGCGAAUUACCGGGCUCAAGAGCCGUAGGAGCAAGGCACACUUGCAUCAGUCAAGAGACAGAGACGAACUUCCUGCCAUGCAAGCCAUUCUAAUCUGGCCUACUAGAGUCUUACGAAUUGAAGACUAUGAGAUCACUCUCGAGGAACAACGAUCGAUCGCGAGACAGUCAAAAUCACUUCGCAAGUGA